CAACUACGGCUACGCGAUGGAUUACGUGGACGUCGCCGAUUAAAAUGAAGAGUCUACAUGACCGCCCUCGCCACACGUGCGACGCGCGAAGAACACUCUUCGCUAUCCGAAUGCAAACGCGUCCCGGGUUUUUCCGAUUCUGUUAAUGUUAUUGUAGCCCGGUAUCGUUUUAUUUUCUUGUUCGAGGUUACCCUGGAUGUGUACACCGCGACAUGACAACACAGUGACCGACACCCCUCCCGGAUCCUCUCAAAGCUUCUCCAGAACCUUCUAGGACGGAAUGAAGGGCCAGGCUGACGCACCGCGGGACCGAGGAGGUCUGGUGGGCAUCAUCUUCUUCAUCCUGGGCUUGGGAACACUGUUGCCAUGGAACUUCUUCAUGACCGCCUCCAUGUAUUUCCAGGGCCGCCUGAACACGACAGAGUGGAGUGACGGGGAGGUGGUGGUCCGCAAGGAGUACUACUUCAACAACUGGAUGACCCUGCUCUCCCAGCUGCCCCUGCUGCUCUUCACCCUGCUCAACUCCAUCCUUUACCAGAGGAUAUCGGAGGCGGUGCGGAUCGCGGGAAGCUUUGUGGCCAUCCUCUUCUUCUUCGUCUUCACAGCCAUCCUGGUCAAGGUGGACAUGGGGAUGGACCGCUUCUUCUCCGUCACCAUGGCCACCAUAUGGUUCAUCAACUCGUUCGGGGCGGUGGUGCAGGGCAGUCUGUUCGGCCUGGUGGGCCAGAUGCCCCCGCAGUACAGCGGCUUCUUCAUGAGCGGCCAGGGGCUCGCCGGCACCUUCGCCGCGCUCGCCAUGAUCUUCGCCAUCGCAAGUGAAGCCGACUCUGAGACGGCGGCGCUGGGGUACUUCAUCACGCCCUGCAUCGGGACGCUGGUCACCCUCCUCAGCUACGUGCUCCUGCCGCGCCUGGAGUUUGCCCAGCACUAUCUAAACAGAAGUGGACGACACGAGACGGACGCCAGCCAUGAACUACUGGACGAGAGCAGUUUGACGGAGAAGAGCAAGCUAAAUGCUAACGGCGGCGUGCAGGCCAACGGUGCCGCGGCGGAGGACCCGGGAGCCUCCCUGGAGACCAACAUGGUCCUGGUCGUGGAGCCCACCAAGCAGGCCACCGUGACCCUGGACGAGGGCCGGACCGACCCCAAGAAGGCCUCCGUCAUGGAGGUCUUCAAAAAGAUCUGGGUGAUGGCGUUCUGCGUGACGUUUGUCUUCACCGUGACGCUGUCCGUGUUCCCCGCGGUCGCCGCUGACGUCAGGACAUACUCACCCGAGGGCACCUGGGAGCGCUACUUCCUGUCUGUGUGCUGCUUCCUGGUGUUCAACGUCAACGACUGGCUGGGCCGUACCGUCACCACGUGGGUGCACUGGCCGCGUAAGGACUCAGUGGUGUUCCCGGUGCUGGUGGGCUGCAGGGUGGUGUUCGUGCCGCUGAUCAUGCUGUGCAACGUCCAGAGCCGCUGGCUGCUGCCCGUCUACUUCCCCCACGACGCGGCCUUCGCCGUCAUCAUGGCGCUGUUCGCCUUCUCCAGCGGAUACUUUGUGUGCCUCUCCAUGACCUACGCACCGCAGAUGGUGGCAGCGAAGGACGCAGAGACGGCCGGGGCCCUCAUGACCUUCUUCCUGGCCCUCGGGCUCUCAUGCGGAGCCGCCCUGUCCUUCGCUCUGAGAGCCCUGGUCUAACACACACACACACACACACACACGCACACACAGUAUUAAUACUGUGAACCCAUUACACACACACACACACACACACACACACACACACACACACACACACACACACACACACACACACACACACACACACACACACACACACACACACACACACACACACACACACACACACACACACAUCGUAUUAAUUAGGGAUGGGAAUCGAGAACCGGUUCUUGUUCAGAACCGGUGCCGAGUCAACCGAUUCCUUGGAAUCAUUAGCAAGCCUGCUUAACGAUUCCGCUUAUCGGUUCCGGUCGCGGCAAAUGCGUCAUGACGUCACACACACGCGGCUUUGUUUUGGUUCAGAACGCAGCAAACAUGGCGCCGCCGAAGAAGAAGCGCAUUGUGCGUUCACACCAAACGCGACGGGGCGACAAGAUCCCAUACAAAGUGAACGUAGAGACGCGAAUCGGGCGAAUUUUUCACGAGAGAAAACCGGCGACAAGUUUUGAUUGUCGCGCCACACAUCCGCUGUGCACAGGGAGCGCGUUCACGAGGAUCUGUGCCGCGACAAAUUCGCUCGAGUUUAAAUAUUUUUCAACUUUGAAGCGAAUUUUGCGUGAUGACAGCCAAUCAGCGUUCAACCGUCGAACUCCGGGGUGAACUGCAGCAUGGAGGAGAAAGUGAUUGUUGCCGUUUGCGACUCCCGGAGCUCUAUAUAUAAUAGUAUAUAAUAUAUUAUAAUUGUAUAUAUAAUAUAAUGGCCAACAGCUCUGUGCGCCUCCGGAUGGCCGUAGCGUGGGGAGCUCUCAUAGGGAUUGGGCUUCUCGGGGUUUGUUUACCGGCAUUGCUAUGGUUUCCGGUCUUGUGUGUUCCAACGGUUUAUUAGGUUUAUUAGGCUGUUUUCAGUCUGUGUUUUUAGUUUUAUGGCACAUAAUGAUGGCAUUUGGGCUUAAAAGGCCAAACAUAUUUUUUUGUCUAGACCAAUUGAUUUGAAAAUGUACAAUUUAAUACUAGACGCACUUCUGAUCAGAUAUUAAAGAGAUUUAAUACAAACAAACACAUUUGUACUUAUUUUCUCACCCAAUGAGAAUCGAUAAGAGAAUCGAUAAGGAAUCGGAUCGAUAAGCAGAAUCGGAAUCGUGAAAUUCUUAUCAAUCCCAUCCCUAGUAUUAAUACUGUGAGCCCAUUACACACACACACACACACACACACACACACACACACACACACACACACACACACACACACACACACACACACACACACACACACACACACACACACACACACACACACACACAC